CAGCCAAUGAAUUUGCAUGAAGCACAGAGCAAUUCUCAAAACAAGCCAAUGGACACAUUUCCUUGCCACUUGCUUACGGUGCGAAUAAUACGAAUGAGAAAUCUCCGCAAAGCUGAUGUCUUAAGCCAAUCUGACUGUUAUGUGACCCUCUGGUUACCAACUGCUACACAUGAAGAGCAGCAGACCAAAACUAUUAACAAUUGCAAGGACCCUGUUUGGAAUGAAAGCUUCUAUUACAGGAUUCAAAGACAGGUCAAGAAUGUGCUGGAGAUAACAGUGUGCGACGAAGAUGUCACUUCAGAUGACCACCUCUUCACUAUACAAUUUGACAUUUCUAGGCUUCCAGAUGGUGAAAGUUUCAUGACCUUUAAGUGUGAUCCUCAGACACAAGAAGAACUGGAUGUUGGAUUUGUAAUAGAACCUGCGCCAGGUCCUCCUGAAAGCAUUAUUACAAAUGGAGUUCUAGUGGUAAUUAUUAUUUUAUAUACUGCAGGAAGAAAAACAGAUGUAACUGCUGACCAAGCGCUCAAUUGGAGAGCAGCUGAGAGAGACCUUGCACUUACAGUAAAAGGAUCCUGUGAAGGCAGUCACUGUUUUAAGCUGGGCUCUGAUGCCAUCAUCAUGCCCCCAUGUCCCACUAAAUUCCAUUACAUCAAAUACAACGAGCCAUCCUUGGAUGUUAUCCUGCCAAAGAAGAAACCACGUUUCAAUCCUUGUACUUGUUCUUAUAAAACUCAACCAGGUGUUCCAAGUGUGAUGCUGAAUUCACUGCCAAAGGGAGAGAGAGUGCCAAUAGUGGAGAAAAAAAAGUACAAUUUGCACGUGACAGUGAAUGACUGUCAUUGUUCCUGCCCAGGAGACCUAGAUGUGCGCUUGGGAUAUGACCUGUGUCCACAGGAGCAAGAUUUCUUAUGUAAGCGAAAGAGGUGCGUGGCUCAAGCUCUGAAGAAAGUGCUCCAUCUAAAUUAUGAUUUGAAAGAACAUGAGGUUCCUGUGGUGGCAAUCAUGACAACAGGAGGUGGGACAAGAUCAUUCACAACAACAUUUGGAAGUUGUAGGGGUCUUCAAAAAUUAAAUCUACUUGACUGCGUUACAUAUAUAUCUGGUUUGUCUGGCACAUGCUGGGCCAUGGCACACAUGUACAAAAAUGCUUACUGGUCCCAUAGGAAUCUGGAUGAGCUCAUAUGUGAGGCAAAGAAGCAUGUAACCAAGAGCAAGAUGGGUAUUUUUUCCAUCGAUCGUAUAAAAUAUUACCAUCAGCAGUUGGAUCAACGGAAACAAGAAGGAUACAAAACAUGUUUUAUAGAUCUCUGGGGACUCAUGAUUGAAUAUUUGUUAAACGAUGAGAUAGAUAACCACAAACUCUCAGAUCAGAGAGAAGCUUUGACAGAAGGUCAGAACCCACUGCCAAUCUAUGUAGCUCUUAAUAUCAAAGAAAAGUACAGCACUGAUGACUAUAAAGAAUGGGUGGAAUUUACUCCCUAUGAGGUUGGGUUCCUGAAAUAUGGAGCAUUUGUGUGUCCAGAUAAUUUUGGAAGUGAGUUCUUUAUGGGUCGCAUGAUCAAAAAGCUCCCAGAGUCUCGGAUAAGCUAUCUUCAUGGAAUGUGGAGUAGCAUAUUUUCAGUGAACCUCAUAUAUCUCUUGAACCAAGUUAGCGAUUCAGAAGAAUUCUGGCACAGAUGGACUCGAGACAAAAUCAUAGAUAUCGAGGAAAAUCCUAAUUUGCCUACAAGGCCUUAUGAGUUGAAGAGCCACAUGUAUGUUCCUGCUGGAAAUCUUUCCAGUGCAUUCCGAGGGGUCUUAACGGAUCGCCUUUCUGUUGCCCAAAAUCACAAUUUUCUUAAGGGUUUACAGCUGCAUAACGAUUACUUGGAGAAUAAGCAGUUUCAGAGAUGGAAAGCCACUGUGUUGGAUUGCUGCCCAAAUCAAUUAACAGAACAUGAUGACUAUGUGGGACUGGUGGAUGCUGGAUUUUUCAUCAAUACCAGCUGCCCUCCACUUUUAAGAAAAGAGAGGAAAGUAGAUGUCAUUCUGCAUUUGAGUUACAGUGCAGGCUCACAAAUAAUGCCUCUGGAACAAGCCUGCAAGUUUUACACAGAGCAAGGUAUCCCAUUUCCAAACAUUGUCCUUACUGAAGAGGAUAAGAAAAACCCAAAGGAAUGUUACUACUUCAAUCAAUCAGGAUCUGCUGCGUGUCCAGAUGUGCUUUUCUUCCCAUUAGUGAAUGAUACCUUCCAACAUUACAGAGCACCUGGUGAAAAACGGAAUGAUGCUGAGAUGGAUGCAGGAGACGUUGAUGUAUCCAGUAUCAGCAGCCCAUAUGAUACUUACCUCCUCACGUACAGCGAUGAUGAUUUUGACAAACUGGUGAACCUGAGUGAAUACAACAUCAUGAAUAACCAGCACCUGAUUCUGCAGGCUUUACAUGCUGCUGUGGCACGGAAAAGGCAACUCUACUACAGAAAUUAAU